CCGGGCAGCUGGCUAGGGUUGUCCAAUGCCCUAAUGAAGAGCAGGUAGCAGCUGGAGAGAGUGUGGCCAAGUACCUUGGCCAAACAGCAACUGUUGGACUGCAAUACUCCGCGGCGGCACAAAGGCGUCAAAAGGGGGCGGAUGGAGUCGAACCCGGGAGGCUCUUUCUCACCGCCUUCUCUGAUGCAUCUUGGGCAUCAGAACCAGAGGAUAUGACAAGUGUGGGAGGCUUCAUCUGCUGUGUUGGUGGAGGGCCAACAGCUUGGGAGAGCAAGAAGCAGGUGGACCAAGCAUUGAGCUCAGUGGAGUCCGAGUACAUGGCACUCUUCCGUGCCAUAAGAGAGGUUGUGUGGCAGCGGCGUUUGCUAGCUGAAUUGGGGGAGGAGCAGCAAGGACCUACCCCACUCUACUGUGAUAGCCAAGUGGAGUUGCACUACGUGAAGACGACGGCGCAGCCAGCUGAUAUGAUGACCAAGAGGCUGGUUGAGCAGCAGCAUUGGGAGUCUGCAGCAGGAGGUGUGGAAGGCUUUGAGGAGCCAGCAACUGUGGGAAAGGUCACCCUUCACUCUCUGGACUUUUGGGUGAUCGAUAGCGGCGCCACCUACAGCAUGACACCUCUCUGCUUCACUGUCGUCUCGUGGCAUAUUUAAGAUGUCGCUGUAAACCUUUUCCAUCGGUGCGUAUGCAGGUGCACUUGGAUUGUGAUGCGACGGAAAGGGUUGGUGUGGAAGAUCGGCUUCAGGACACGUGAAGCAUCUGGCGCGAGGUCGUCGAAGCUCUUGUCCGCUCGUUGUGAGGAGAGCGUCCUUUUCUAAUA